UCAACUCAGAAUUUCUCCAUAACAGAUCGGCACGGGAAAUUACCGGAACACAAUAUGAAGUUGUUUUCUGUACACUUCUCCCAUGUUCAGUUCCCGUUCAUACUCUGCGGCAGUUUGUUCAUUCUCGCAGUCGCUAAAUUGGGGUUCCAUAGGGCUGCUUAUCUCUCUUCGAUUUUUCCUGAAUCUUGUCUGCUGAUUGUGGUGGGUGUGUUUUUGAGUCUGGUGGUCCACUGGACAGGUGCACACAAUGACUUCGUCUUCCAUCCCACUACCUUCUUCUUGUACUUACUGCCCCCGAUAAUGCUUGAGGCUGCCUUUUGUCUCCACGACAGAGCUGUGUGGGAGAAUCUGGGAACAAUUCUUGUGUUCGCCUGUUUGGGAACUGUUUUGAAUACCUUCAUCAUCGCACCAGUGUUGUUUCUGUUCAAUGACGCGGGUGCAUUCGGCCCUUUGGCCCAAUUCGGUUUUGCGCAGUGUCUGCUCUUUGCCGCCCUCAUCUCCGCCGUCGAUCCUGUGGCAGUGCUGGCCAUUUUUGAGGAAAUCAACGUUAACAGUGCCCUCUACUUCCUGGUGUUCGGGGAGUCCCUACUGAAUGAUGCAGUCACUGUGGUUCUAUACCGUAUGAUGGAGGUGUUUGUAGUCAUGCCCCAAAUACUACCCAAGGAGAUCUUCAAAGGCUUCUGUUCCUUCUUCAUCGUCAGUUUCGGAGGAGUGCUGAUUGGACUUGGCUUCGGUGCUUUUACGUCUUACCUCACCAGAUUCACCAACCACGUCAGAGUGGUGGAGCCUCUGAUAGUGUUCUCAGGGGCCUAUUUCUCCUAUCUGUCGGCCGAGUGCUUCGAAAUGUCAGGAAUCAUCUCAAUAAUCUGCUGUGGAAUUGUGAUCUCGCAGUAUGCUUUCGCGAAUAUCUCCCGAAAGAGUCACACAGUAGUCGUCUGUUGCAGCAAACUUGUCAGCUCGACGUGUGACUGUGUGAUCUUUUUGUUUCUGGGCAUGGAGUUGACCGAGUUCAUUUCCAGUCUGGUGACCGGGUCACAAAAGGUCAACCUCUCCUUCGUCCUCUCUUCUCUCCUUCUCUGCCUACUUGCACGAUUCUUCAUCGUGGUAUUGUUCAGCUACCUGCUGAACAUGGGAAGAGUGCGCAAAAUUAGUCGCCAGGAGCAGUUCAUCAUGGGCUACGGGGGUCUUAGAGGGGCAGUUUGUUUCUCCCUCGUGAAGUUGUUGGACCCCCACACAGUGCCUGAGAAGAACACGAUGAUGACUGCCACGCUCUGCAUCAUAUUCUUCACUGUGUUUGUACAGGGUAUCAGCAUGAAGCCACUAGUACGUGCUCUGAAGAUAAAGAUGAAAGAAAAAAAGGAGCCCACGAUGAAUGAAGCCAUCAACUCAAACCUGCUGGACCACGUGAUGAGUGGAGUGGAGGAAGUGAUACUCGGAGGUCACAAGGGGGGCUCCUCAGUGGCUAAUCACGUGACUUCAGUGGGGCUGGUGGGGGGAAUGUAG